UGGCAGCCGGAAGUAAACAAAGCGGUUCCGCGCUAAGGUUGACAGUAGCCGGUGGUAAUAUGGAGGAGCAGCCGUCCGCGUCCCGGGAAGAGGAUGACGAAGACCAGGAGCAGGCGGACCGAGAGGGCGGCAGUGGGUACGGCCAGUAUGGGGCGGAUGGAGACACCCGGGUGCUGUAUUACACCAUGCUGCCCGCAGAACCGGAGGACGAGAGCGGGGAAGCACUGGACACCUCCGACCCCCGGGACAGCACGGCCAGCCCUGAGGAGCUGGAGGACGACGACAACUCUGGGGACAAUGACACAGUGGUGACCAAGACGUGCACCUACCAGGGCUGCCUGGAGACCACCAGUCAGGUGGCCAAACAGCGCAAACCCUGGAUGUGUAAGAAGCACCGCAACAAGAUGUACAAGGACAAAUACAAGAACAAGAAGAAGAGCGACCAGGCCAUGUCCUGUGCCAGCAAGCUGGAGGAAACUGCAGAUUGUUCUGUGUCUCUUACGAAACAAAGGAGUGGAUCAGUCGGUGAUCGUCCCCCUCGUCCUACAUUACUAGAACAAGUACUAAACCAAAAAAGACUGUCUCUUCUGAGGAGUCCCGAAGUGGUCAAGUUUCUCCAGACUCAGCAGCAGCUUCUCAGUCGCCAGGCGUUCGAGCAGCGGCAGUCAUUUCAAGGAGCUUCACUAUGACGCGAUUCCUUUGUAGGAUGAACUAGCUAUAGACUCUGCGUGCUGACCUCCAUUUUUUAUAUACAUAUAUUUAUUUAAUGACGAAACUAAUGGAGAGGCCUGGAGUUCUUAGAACUACUUACAUGCAAGAUGGGAAAUGAAGCAAGAUGCGUAUCACGUACAAGAAGUCUUUUAUUGUGCACUAUGUGUUUUUACCACCCGUAAUAUCUAUAGCCUAACGUUCAUUGUCCUCCACAGGAUGACGGAGAGAAAUAUUUAUAUCAUCUACGUAAUAUGGGAUGUUCUUUUCAGGUUCUUUCCAGGAUCUGAAAGAAAAGCUUUUGCAAAACUACAACUCCCAGCAUGCCCGGACAGCCAACGGCUGUCCGGGCAUGCUGGGAGUUGUAGUUUUGCAACAGUUGGAGGCAAUCUGGUUCAGAAACACUGCUCUAUAUAGUCAUUUAACCCUGUGCUGUCCAAACCUGUUAGAUUCUGUUUGGCAGAAAACAGUCAUGUGUAUGUAUAGAGCAGUGUUUCCCAUCCAGGGUGCCUCCAGAUGUUGCAAAACUACAACUCCCAGCAUCUGUCCAGGCAUUCUGGGAGUUGUAGUUUUAGAACACCUGGAGGCACCCUGGUUGGGAAACACUGGUGAAUAGACCGUUGUUCGGCAUCCGCUUUUAUUGUUGUCCACUAGAGAUGAGCGAACUUACAGUAAAUUCGAUUCGUCACGAACUUCUCGGCUCGGCAGUUGAUGA